AUGAACCAACCCAGACGCGAUCGCCCUGCCAAAGGUAUCAGGCAAGCUUGCGACUCCUGCCAUGCCAAAAAGAUUCGAUGCAUCCGAGCACCGGGAUCGACACCAAAGCCAUGCGAACGAUGCGUGCGGGAACACAUUGAAUGCGUCUUCAGCCCGGCAUUGAAGACUGGGAGGCCCAAAAAAGAAAAGCCUGCCACUACUGGUCACCGCGAGAAUAGCAAUGAACCGUCAACAGCGCCUCUGAAGCCCGUUGUAUUCAGGGCGAUGACCCCCAUCACUCCUUCCACGACCCAGGCGAGUCACGACAGCGUGGAUGCUACUCCUCGGUAUCCGCUGGUCGACACCGCGGCGGCAGAUGACAGCUACGAUGUGGGCCAGGACCAGGACCAGGAAGAUGAAAGGACCCUGGAGGAGCUGUUACCAAAUCUCAGGGGCACACACGACGCUCAGAGCGUUGUUCUUGCUAAGCUUGAGCGCAUGUCAGCUCUGCAGCAACAGCUUCUGAGUAAAAGAAGAAUCCUUACGCCUCUGUUCUCACAACGACCUCCUCCGGGUGUAGCCUUGCGUUCGGACACCCUCCAUGAGCUCCUAGACGUUGCGCGAAAGGUUUCCAACAUGCAUGUCUGGCUCAUGAUGGCCGCCGAACGAUUUUCCUGGCGCAACCGAAUCAUGCACAGCAUGACCGACGACACAUCUUGCAUGAUGCUGGUACUGCCGGCUAUGUUCGUUCUCGAUGUCUUCAUCGAAACCCUACGAUUGGUCUUUCCCUUACCCGACGAGCCUUCAAAUGCACAACUUGCAACGCAGCAAAUGACUGCCGAGGAUGCGCAAGGCAUGGGGCUGCCGGAUCCCAGUCUGAUCAUCUACGUGUCGUCUUUGGCCUCCGACACAGCACUCGUCGACGACCUGAUGAGCAGUCGAUCGGAAGAUGAAUGCCGUAACCCUGUCUCCGAGUUUGUCCUCGUCAAUAUGGUUAAGGAACAACACGACAAGCAACGUCACGCGUGCGAUGCCGUCAGCGCGACACUUCCCCGCAAACAUUCCGCACCUGGGGCUCAGGAGUUGAUGGCGGUGCUUCUGGCACAGUACUCUGCCAAGCUGGAUCUUGUUCGAGGCGAGGUUUCCAGAGUUGAGACCAUCGGAGAAGAUACCCCAAUGCAUCACUCGGCGGUCGGGACAGUGUCAAGUAAAUCCUGA